AUGGGAAAUAUUCUAAAAAAUUAAAAAGAAAUAUCAAGAAACUUAGAUUAAAGUAAUUCAUAAUUUUUAUGAACUUAAGUCAUUUAAAGUUAAGUGUAAGAUACACCAAAUAUUUUGAUUAAGUAAUCCAAAUCAGGAAAUGUGGAUAUCAUAAGGUUGAAUUUGCAAUUAAUAAAUGCAGAAAUAAUUUAUGAUUCUAUUGAUAAAAUAUAGCUGGACUUAAUUUUCAGUAGCUAUGUCACUUUCUAAAUCAUAAUUUAUACAUUUGUUACUGAAACUAAAGGAGCAAAAUAAUAAAGGUUUAUAAUUUUACACUAUAAUAGAUAUGAAAAAAGCAUGCCAUAGAGCACAACCUAAUAAUUUAAAUGUCCAAUAGGAUUGAACUACUAAUUCCCCUCUAAAUACAUAGAGUUCAUGAUUGUAGACCUUCUUAGAUUUUAAAAAAUGAGAGUCAAUCCAGAUGCAUAAUAUCAUACUCUAAUAAUAGAAAUGGUAAGUUUAUAUUUAUGAAUAUACAGAGAGGCCUAAAUUCAAAAAGCUUCCAGAUAAUUUACUUUUAUAGAAUUGAUUGUAAUGAAUAAACAUAUCAAUGUGAAUUGAUUAAUACUAAAUAAAUAGUAAUACAUAAAAAUCGAUUUUUUGAAAUGCAUGAACUUUAUGGUGUUAAGAAUACUCCAUUUAACCCUGAAUGGAACCCAAAUACCAUAGAAGACAAAGAAUGUGUAAUUUGUUUUUUUAAUUUGAUUAAUACUGUACUCUUACCAUGUAGACAUAUGUGUACUUGUUCUAUUUGUGCUGAUCAUAUUUUAAUGAGUCAAAAAGUUAAGUAAUGUCCUUUAUGUAGAAUUGAGAUAGAUAAUUACUUAACUUUAGAAAUCAAAGAUAAAUAAAAAUAAGAUAUGUAAAUACGUUAAUUUUAAGAAGAACAGUAAAAAUAUUUAGAAUCUAUUAAAGAAUAGAAAGAAUAAUAAGCAAUUAAGUAAAGUUCCAUUAUGGAAUAAAUUAAGUCUAAAAUUUAAGAAGAAUAACAAAAAAAAUAAUAAACAAAGUUCAUGAAUAUCAAAUACUUUGAUGAUCUUGAUGAUUUUAAUAAAGAUAAUUAAUAAGAUCAGAAUAUUUAUGGUGAUUAAAGUUAUUGUUCAUAAAAUGAAGAUUAAAAUUACCCUUAUGAGAAUUAAUUCAAUAUUUCUGUCAAGAGUAAAAUAUAGUAGCAAUAAGAAGAUGAAAAUAAUUAUAAAUUAUCAAACCAUUUCGAUGAAAACAGAAUUAAAAGUUCUGCUUAUCAAAGAAGUCCUUAUGAAAGAGAAUUCUUAGGUAGCUAUUAAUAAUAUUAGGAAAAUCAAGAUUCAAAAUUGAAUCCUAAUAGAUAAAGUAUUUUAGUUGAGGAUGAAUUAUUAUAAGAUUAAAAUCAUCCUAAACAAUACUAUUAGAUUCCAUCUGAAUUUUUUAAUAAGGAUGAUUAAUCAAAUUUAAAUUCUUAUUAAAAUUCUAAAAAUUAGGAUGAAUCUUCUAAAUAGUAAUUCAUAUAGAAUUUUUAAUAAAAUGAGAUUUAAUUGCAAAUAAUAAUGGAUAAUAAAAAAGAGAGCUUAAAUAACACAUUAGAUUUUUAAUAGAAUUAAAAUUUAGAAGAUUAAAAUAAAUAGAGUUCAAAUUCUUAACUAAUUAAUUUUUUAGAAGAUGUUUUUUUUUUUAAAGAUGAAUUAAAGCAAGAAAACAAAAUAAAAUCUUAUUCUGAAUAAAUCUUAUAAUAAUAACCUUAAUAAUGUUAAUAAUAAAAACAACAAUAAUGGUCUACGAAAUCUAAAUAACAAACUAAUUUUUAUGACUUUGGUUUUGUAGAACAAGAUUUCUAAGAUGAUUCGAAUUAAUUUAAAAUAGAAGCUCGAAAUUUAUCUCAUCAGUAAUAUGAUUUUUUAUUUAAAACAAAUGAAUCUCAGCAUUCCAAUGAAUCUCAGAAAAAAUCACAAAAUAAUUAUUGUAAAUCAGUUAGAAAGGUUAUUGAUGGUUAAAAUAAUGAUCAAAUAUCGCAUUGUAUUGAUGCUUUGGAAUUUUCUCAAAGCCUUGAUCGAUAAAAUGUUGCGAAGAAAUCAGCGACUUUGAUUGAUUUGUAAGAUGAAGAUGAUGAAAAUAAAGGUCCUUCUCAUUUAAAGGAAAUCAAGAGUGAUUAAAUUUCAUUGAUAAAUUUUGAUUGA